AAAAGCACAAUGAACUCUACAAUGCUUUUAUAUAAUCUACAGGAAAGAUAUGCAGAUGCUUUUGCAAAAAAUUUUACCAUCGUUUUGCUUGCAGUCAUAAUUAUAUCCAUAAAUGGAGUGUUUGUAUUCAUAUUCUUUAGGAGUUCAAUUUUCUACAAUGAUCCAAGAUAUAUUUUAUAUAUUCACUUGGUUAUCAAUGAUAUGCUUAUGGUUUGCUUCAGUGUAAUUCUUUUUGUGAUGACUUUUGCAUGGCAAACUGUACCUCUUCCAUUCUGUGUUAUACUGCUAAUAAUAGCAGCGACAGCUCAUAAGAACACCCCUCUGACUUUGGCCGGUAUGGCUGUUGAGCGUUACAUCGCCAUCUGCAAACCACUGCAUCACCAUCAGAUUUGCACAGUGGACAGGACGUACAUCCUUCUCUCUCUGAUAUGGGGAGUAGGAGUUAUACCUGGUUUGGCUGACUUGAUUCUCCUUUCAAUUAUUCGUCCUUUAUCUGUCUUAACAACAGGUACUUUCUGUAGUUCGGCAAUUCUUUAUAACACAGUGUAUCAUGGAGAACUAACCAAAUUUAUGAAUGGGCUUUAUACAUCUGUUGUGUGGGUAAUUCUUGUAUUCACAUAUUGUCGCGUGCUGAUUGCGGCCAGAAGGGCCACCACUGAUAAAUCCUCAGCAAAAAAGGCCCAAAACACCAUCCUGUUACAUGGAGCACAGCUUCUGCUCUGUAUGUUGUCCUACAUUACUGCUGUCAUAGACAAGAUGUUUGUCCCACUUGCACCAGUUGAUCGGGCAAGACUAACCUUUUUAAAUUAUCUUCUAACAAACAUAUUGCCACGACUGCUUACUCCCCUGAUUUAUGGUGUUCGCGAUAAGCAUUUUUACAGACACAUGAAGGCACUUUUUUCACGCAGAUUAUUCUUUGUAAAAGUUGAAUCAAUCAAACAAUGA